CCCCCCCUCUCUCUCUCUCUUUCUGUCUCUCUCCUAAUGUCUGGCUGUGAGUCUCUGUACCUUCCCUUGUCUGCUGCUAGAGGAAGCCUCUCUGAUAAGGACUGGACAAGGCAACUGAUCUAUUAUAAGUAUGCUAGGAUAUCAUUAGGAAUUAUUUUGUUGUUUUCUUUUCCAGUUGUGUUAUAUUUUACCCUAGGUCUCUGUAUUAUCCAGUGUCCAGUUCCUGGCUAACCAGGAAGUGUAGGGCAUGGGCUCUCUCUCCUAGUUGGCCAUUCUGUAUUCCGAGCCACCAUUGCUCUAGCACGUCUUGCAGGAAGGAUAGAUUUUAGGUUGAGGGUUUUGCGCCUGGGUUGGUAUCCAGGUUUCUUUCUCCAUAGCCCGCAAAGUAGCUUCUUGUGCCAAAGAGACUAAAACUUAAGGGUGAAGCCCCAUGUGGGCUCGAGCUCAACUUCCCUACAUUCAGUGAGGUGUGUGGAUGCCGUUCUCAGCAAGGUGGUCCUACUAUCAGUUUUCAGAGUGACCUUCUCUCCUGGCAUCACUUUGGGCUAUUUAGAGAUCUCCACAGGACAUCCUUGGCCAACAACUCAGCUGAUUACAACCUAGUCCCAUCUGGAGAACACUUGCCCAGCCACAAAAGAUGACCAGUUCAGACUCCAUAUCCUGCAAUGCUAGUAAACUAGGCAUCGGCAGUGCUGACGGCUUGCUUGCUACACUGGCCUUACACUUACUGUGUUAUCUAUCUAUCACAGUCCCGGAGACUGGUUCCAUUACUUAUUCAACCUUGAGAAACACACUUUAUAAAUAAAAUGUAAUGUUUUAGUGUUAUAAGAAAUAUUUAAUCUCAGUGGGGGAUUUCUGCCCUCACCUUGAUCAUUCGGUUUCUGGAUAAAAGACAGGUUUUUGUUGUUGUUGUUGUUGUUGUUGUUUUGUGUUUGUUUGUUUGUUUUUUGUUUGUUUGUUUGUUUGUAUUGUAAUAAGCCUUAAUCAGCACUUGAGCUGGGCAGAUAUCCACCCUCUAUGCUAUUAGAAUCUAUUUCCUCAUCAUUAAUCCAUUUUAUAACUUGCCAUGUUCUAUCUGGGCAGCUCUUAACUCUAACUGGCCAGCCCUCAGGGCCAUAUUUUCAUGACUCACCUACCCUCCUCUCACUACCUUCCCUCUUCUAAUGGUCUCCUCUGACCCCAAGCCUGGGAACCCAAGAAUCAUGCCCAUCUCUCUUCUGCCCAGCUAUUGGCUGUGGCAUCUUUAGUCACCAAUAACUUGUGUGUGUGGGGUCAAGGUUACAUAGCAUCAUUGGGUAUGUCAUUUGGGUAGGUGCAGACUCUUGUGCUUGGGGACAACCAGGCCUCGAGGACCAGUAAUUAGCAUUAUAAUUCAAGCAAAAGACCAAACCUCAAUAUUUUACUAUAAAGAUUUUUUUGAGAUAAGGUUUCUCUACAUCUCAGGCUGACCUGGAACUCAUGUUGAUCCUUCUGCCUCAGCCUCCCAAAUUCUGGGAUACUAAGUGUGAGCUGCCAUCACAGCUGUCUUCAUAAUUCUUCAUUUACUGAAAUUCUUACACAUCUUAAAACCUACAAAAACAAAACAAAACAAAACAAAAAACCCACUACCACCAACAACAACAAAAAAACAACCCUCAGAACUCAUGGCCACAGGCUUUAUGAACUUUUAAAGAAACUAAAACAAUGCAAGGUUUGCUUUGUCAGAAUGUGGCUCUUUUAUUUGCGUUCGUUCUCUCUAAAUUUCAUGGGUUAAGGUAGGGAAGUUACAAUCUUAAUUAAUUAAUUAACAGCAGAUGGGUUCUUUACCCCUCUGCUUCUCUAUGUCUUUACACCUAUAGACAUUUAGAAUGAAAAUUUUAAUCAGUGAAACAUGGAGUCUAAGCUCUCUUCUUGAAAAACCGAUUCCUUGGCUUCCUUUGUAGAUCAGAAGAAACCGAUGAACUGUAGGACAAGCACUGACUUCUACAAGGUCUGAAAGGAAUCCGAGGGCUCAGAUCAUGGGUGUUAAGACAGUAGAGACUGGAUUGUUAUGUGGAGAGACUCGGAUUUGAACUUGUGACUUUUUCCUUAUAUGACUUCUACAUUUGUGUGCACAAGUGUUCAUGUGUGCCUGUGUGUUUGUAUUUGUGUGUGUAUGUAUCUGUUUGUGUAUGUGUCUGUAUUUCUCUGAGUGUCUGUAUCUUUGUGUGUGAGUCUGUGUGUGUGUGAGUCUGUGUGUGUGUGUGUGUGUGUGUGUGUGUGUGUGUGUGUGUGUGUUUCUGGAGAUUGGAGCAGGGAGACCUUGUGAAUGCUAGACAAGGGCUCUUCCACUGAGCUCUAUUUGUAGCUCUUUAUGUUAACUUUGGAAAGUUAUUACAACCACUCUUUCUUUAGGCAUAAAAUGUUAAUGCCAAAAGGGAUAAUAGCUAACCUGCGGCGCUGUUGUGAAGAUUAAAUUUAAAAGCACAUAGAGUGCCUAGCUACAGAAUUCCUAUAGUAGUGUUUCUCAGACUGUAAAAUACCUAUGGAAAUCCUGUCCAAAUGCAGACUGUCAUCCACCCAGACUGGAUACAACCCGACACCCACAUUUUCCAGACGUUCUUAGGAGAUAUAGAACCUAGAGAAGCAAAGUCAUCAGAGAACUACCUCUACCAUUGAGUACUUUUAUGAGUUGGAAUGACAGAUCAUUUUCACUGAUAACUUUGAAUUUGGUGUAUGACAAUUUUGUAGAUAAUGUGUACAUAAAAACUAGGAAGUAAGGCCUUCAGGGGAUGGUCCCUGGAACCAGUUCAUUGUAUUCAAGUCCGAACUGCUUUAUGGUAGAAAAUAAGUUUCAAGUCCUGUUUGGAAGAAGGCAGUUUUAAUAGACACACCCACACAGAAGCAUUCCUGUCAAUGCUAUUGUAUCACAUAGUUCCCUUUGACAGAGUUCUUGACUGAAGCCAUAAUAGGUUGGUUUUCAAUUAUUCUUCUAAGACGGAAACCUGUGGUUCUCAGAGCAUUGUUCCUUCUGUAUAUUGAGUAGGAAUUCCUGAAAUUAAUUACGUCCGAUUGAUACCUGAUAAACUUUAUUCUGUGGAUUUGAGACGGGCUUGCGCUAUGUAGUACAACUUUGAAGUUAAGAUCUAUUUGCCCCAGCUUUAUGAAAACUGGGUUAUAGGCACACACCAUGCAAACAGGAAUGUGGAUCUUAAAGUAGAAGAUGUGAGCGGAUAAACUUUGCAGGAGUGUGGAAUCCUUUCCCCACACUGACAACAAGGUAGAGCCUCUGAUUCUUCCCUGUCUUUCUCAAAGGAGCUUUGGCCAUUGCUUUGGUUUUCCCCGGGGCCAGGCUGCCUUGGGGAUGAAUCUGUUCUCUGAUAACUGCCAUCUCAGCUGCUGCUUCAAGUGUCAAGACCAGUGAAGGGUUUUGUGCCACCUUCGAAUUGAGUGUUCAGGCUACAAUUUCUUCUGGAGCUAGCGGAUGAUGUUCUGUGCUGCAUUUUUUUUAAAGCAUUAUUUUGUGUUUCCUGAGUGUUACUGGCCCCUCUUGCUGCAGGGACUAGGUAUAAAAGUCCUUUGAAGUGGUAGUGUACUUAAAAUUCUGUCUGGUCAGGUGUAAAUGGGGGAAUGAAGCCUGCUACAAACAGUAGAGGGCAGGGUGACAUCCCACAGUCAUUGGGACUGUGACUCCCUUGUCCUCACCCUUUUGAUUAUGUGAACCUGCUUUCAAAACAGCACAAAUGAGAGAGAAGCACACGAGAGGUCACAUCACCCUGAAUUCCUUGCUUCUUAGGAAAUUUCCAGUGCAUUCUCUUCCCUACAAAGCUUUGCAUGCCACCAUGCCUUAGACUGCAGCCCUAUGUGAAAUAAGGCAGAUUAGCAAAAGGACUGCAGCUCAGGACAAGGAGUUAAUGGAAACAUACACUUCAUGUGCUUGAAAGCAAUCAAAAAUGACAGGUACACAUCUGACCUUCUAAAAACGAGGAAAUAGCUUCCCUUAGUACACAUGCUCAGUCAUCCCUCUAUCCUGUCGGUUCAAGUAACAAGUCGAUUGGAGGAGGCGUUUACUGCAGUCGGUUUCCUAUUCAGCCAGCACAGCAAAUGAAUAGAGUCAGUGACUCCCAAAGUCACCUGUGGAGACGAUGAAAAUAUUUAUAAUUCUCAACUCCCACCACAUCCAUGGAAAGAGAAUUAUAGUGCAGGGGGCUCUAAUCGCCUGGAAUUUUAGCCUGUUCUGUGACUGAUUUGAAUGCACCCGUCCUGAUAAGUGACUUGGUAGUAAGUAGCCCUUUCUGGUAAUGAUGGGUUAUUUUCUUGAGAGAAGAAGGCAAUGAAUUAGUGUUGACAGGUCAGAGCAUUGGUUUCAAGGAGACCACAGCUCAUACUUUGGUUCUGCCCUUUCUAGUCAAAUGAAUUCUUUCCUUCCUGCUGUUUUUCUCCUAUGAUAGGUGGGGAUAACUGAUUUCUAUCCCAGGGUGCUGAGGAUUGCAGUCUAAAGCUCAUGCCUGGGGCAGUGUAUGGUCUGCUGUAGACCUUUGAUUCUCCACGCCUACCCUUAGCUCAGCUGUGGCAGCAUCACUACAGGGAAGAUGCUGGUCCUGCAGAAGUCAGGAUCACCCUACUUGGUGUAUCUCCAUUGCCCAGGGUUGGUAGAGCAUAGCGCCAUCACACUUUGAGCAUUUUGUAGAGCCAGCCACAGAUGGGGUUCUUUUCAUUUCAUGCUGUUCAUUUUCAAAAUACAGAGUGAUGGCCCUCUAGGUGGCCUGGCAAGUAAACAUGUGUCCUGUGAAAGUUGAUGAUUGGAAUCUGAACCGUGAAACCUGGAAGGAGAGAAAACUAAGCCCAUCAAGUUGGCCUCUGAUCUCCACACACUUGUGGUUUCCCAUCUCCUACGUGUAACAAAUAAGAAGUAAAAAAUAAAUAAAGGAACGAACGAAUGAAUGAAUAAAUAAAUAAAUUUAAGAGAUGGGAGUUGAAACAAAAACAUUGUAUGGUUUUUAUUGUUCCAGUCUUCUGGUUAUUGAUGACAGGAAUUGCUGCUGGGGGUGAACAAUGGUUUGAGCUUCAGUAAAACUUUGAAAAUUGCCUCUUAGUUCCUUUUUUUUAUUUAAGCACAUAAUCAUAAACUGUAAAGCCAGAAUCACAGUUUAAAAGUAGGCAUAAUGUAUCCACAAAUAAAAACUCAUCUAGCAACCAAUAAAAUGGAAACUUGUGAAUGUUUUAAGCAGAUCGCAGCCAGAUUAAAAGGGGAAAAAAAACAGAUCAAAUAAAAUAUUUGGAAACUAUGCUAUUUGUUGAUGCCUAUGAAAUUUAAAAAUAAACCCAACAAAUCUGCUUAUUCCUGCAAAGUCUAAAUUUCGUGAGUUCCCAUGAUUAUUGGAAUCACCAUUGUAAAUGUGUUGCUAAAUUUAAUUCUUUAUUUGACUUUUAAAGCUCACCAGUUUACUGUUUGCAGUUUAACUCUGGCGAAAGUGUAGAAAAAUCUGACUUUUAAGAGGUCUCUGGACUCUGUUCCUCAAAAAAUAUUUAAGCCGUUGAACUCUGUAAGGCACACAAAGAGGUGUUGGCCCGCCAGAGGAGCGUAAGGUUCGUGGAAGGUUUGGAAAUUUCUUAUCGGCAUAUUAUCUCCAUCUUCCCCAGUAUUUUGUUGUUUUCCUUCCCUUAGAACACAAAUGGAGCAAUAAAGUCUCCUUUAAUUAUUGUCGAAACAGGAUUUUUGUUGUUAAUGAUCAGUUAUCAAUACAGAACCCUAACCUUACGGUCUCCUUAUCACGGGAGUGAAUUAUUUCCUUCCUCUUGACAGUGUGUUCUAUUUAAGCGUCUACUGCUUGAAUACUGCUGGGGUAGGCAGCAUGGCUUCGAUAGAUCCACUGUCUUAUCUUCAUUGCAAAGGCGUUCAGGGUAUGCAGAUAUAUUCACCUGUCCAAUGGUCAUCAGAAGUGCUCACAGAAGCAGCCAGCCAAUAUACCUUAUCGGUGUUUGAGCCUAAUUUGGGUGGAACAGACACUUACCCAGGCUUUUGUUCUGACCCUGUCUGUGAGCUCUAUGGCUGACCUUAUUAAAUCAGCUUGGGAAUAUUUCAUAAACUAUCAGUUAAUGGGGGAGCUUCACUGUGAAUUGUUUGAGCUUUUGUACUUCAGGACAGCAAUUAGGCCUGUGGGUGUAGUGUCCAGUGCACUGGCUCCCCUGUCUAACGCUGGACAAGGCCCUGCUGCAGCCCUGGUGGCUCUUCAAAGUUUCCCUUCUUGUCAAUCUCACCAGCUCAUCCCCAGCAGAGGACUUGUGAAUCUGGUAACUUCAGUUUUAAUGAUAAAAAAAUAAGUGCCGACCUUCCAUGGAAGUCACUGUUACUCUUUCCGCUGAGUCAUUUUGUAUCACUUAUUGUCCCCGGUACAUGAGAGGGAAGAGAGGUCUGUUGGUGGGUUCUGAGUGUGCAGCUAGGUUUGAUGUUUAUUCUUCCUGACACCCCUCAGUCCCAAAGCUGCUGUGGGAAGAUGUGGCCACUUGGUUUCAUAAUCUUUAGCUCUGUAUCCUCAAGCAGUCCUACCGUAUCUGUGGAGAAACUUUUUCAAUUGCCCGCUUCUCUGCCUAUUUAUUUCUGUUAUGAUUUGGAGCAGAGGAGAGGGGAACAUUCAGGCGAACACUGAAAUGGACAAAUGCGCGUCUCAGCCUGAUCCAUACAAAUCACACUCUGUGUAGGACCAGCAGUUUCAUAUUGUGCGAGUAUUUUCUCUAUCUACAUCUCAAGGCCUACAAAUUCUGGUGUGAGUUAGGGAAUGUCUAUGGAAGCCCUGGAGCGUUGAUCGCCCCACUCCAGUGUGACUUGAGUCCAAAUGGUGAAGGAAAGGGAAGUGGUACUGACUGCUUCAGGGACCUUUCAGAGUCCUUUCCUUCCAUCCCUUUCUUACAGUCCCCCCUUCUCUAAUCCAGCUUUGAGAAACCUCCCUGUCCACAGCCUAACCCCAUCCGUUCACCACCAGUCUGACUGCCUUAUGCAUCUCCACACCACCUUGCCUGUGGCCUUUCAUUGCUGCUGCUGCAACUGGGUCUCUUUCUAUUGUCCCGGAAGUUCGAUCUGGAAUUCGUGACAGUCCUUCUGCCCAGUUUCCUCUGUGCUGGGAUUCCAGGUGAGAACCACUACACCCAUCACUUGCUUACUGUGUGAGAACAAGUAUGGUUCUUAAGGAUAAGCUCAGUGCUGAGGAGUCCGUUCUGAACAGGCGACGUGCUUACAAGGUGCUGAAGGUGCUCCAUUGAGCCAGAGCCACAGGGUAGCAUUUGUGAAACAGUUCAUCUGCACGCUUGUUUAAUUACAGGAGUAAGGUUAGAUCAGAAAGCAGUAGUUCAGAAUUGGCACAGGUCAGUGAUUUCUGGAGACUCGUGUCUUACUGUCCUUCGUGAGGCUUCACUUUGGUGUAACUUAGACAGUGCACGUAUAAUUCCUUUAUAAACUUAUUUCUCCUGGACAAGCCACUUCCAAGGAAAUUAUGUCGUAAGGCAGAUAAGAAAACUCCCCGAUGCACAAUAGAACCAUAAAAAUGUUGAUACUCAUUCCUUUUAAAUUGGAGAAUUGCAACUUUUUAAAAAUAGCUGUGAAUAUUUCACUUGGUACUUAUAUAAAAACUAGGGCAGACAUUGAAAUAUUUCUGUUUUUCAAUAUGUAUUAGCCUCAUUUUCAAAGAGCUCCUUGACAUUUAAAGUUAGUGAAUUUUGUUUUAUGUCUCUCUUAAGUGGAAAUUCCUUUUAGAUUCGGAGUGUAAGAAAUGUAUAUCUUGUUCGGGAGAGGAAGAUUAGUGGGUGAAAUGCUUGCUUGCCACAAAAGCCUGAAGGCCGAAAUACACAUAAAUGCAGGAACUGAGCCCACAGAGUUGACCUCUGAACUCUGUCUGUAUCCUGUGACGUAUGUAUGACCCUCCAUAUAUACACACUAUAAUAAUAAAUGGAAUUCAAGAGAGUAUCAUAUAUCAGUAAACAUUGCUCAUCUAUGAAGUGGUAUAAUCAAAAUUAUUCUCAAGUGUAGUGCUUCAUGCCUCUACAUAAGCGUCACAAUUCAUAUUACACAGCUGGUUUCCUUAUCCUCAUCAAAGACUGCACAGGAGAGAAGCUGUUUUCGAUUUGGAGUAAUGGGCAUUGCAUAUAACUUUUGUGAUCAUAAACUAGCACAGAGUGGCGGGUGUGUGUGUGUGUGUGUGGUGUGUGUGUGUGUGUGUGUGUGUGUGUGUGUGUGUGUGUGUGUGUGUGUGUGUAUUACCACAGCACAUACUGCAGAGGCUAAUUUCCCUCCUGUAAUAUUUAGAUGUAAUUUGUUGUUGAAAUUAGCUUCUGAGUACAAGGUUUACUUAAUGAGAAUAUGUUAUUAUUUUUUGCUACACUGUAAUUCUUGAUGCUUAGUGAUGGAUUUGGUUUCCUAUUGAAAAGUUUAUUUUGAAUAGUUUGGUUGUGAAGACAGUGUCUAGUGUCUUCAGGUGUGACUGUUGAUGAUAGCUGCUAGUCCCCAACAUUGGUGUGGAGGUAUCUUGGAGGAACACAGCAAAAGAGAGAGCACUCAGCAGAGGAGAGGAGAGAGCACACAGCAGAGGGGAGAGCACACAGCAGAGGGGAGAGUACACAGCAGAGGGGAGAGCACACAGCAGAGGGGAGAGCACACAGCAGAGGGGAGAGCACACAGCAGAGGGGAGAGCACACAGCAGAGGGGAGAGCACACAGCAGAGGAGAAAUCAUACAGCAGAGGGGAGAGCACACAGCAGAGGGGAGAGCACACAGCAGAGGGAAGAGCACACAGCAGAGGGGAGAGCACACAGCAGAGGGGAGAGCACACAGCAGAGGGGAGAGCACACAGCAGAGGGGAGAGCAUGCAGCAGGCAGGGAUUUAGAACAUGGAUCUUUUAAGGUGAUGUCUGGAAUUAAAAGGACAUAAGAAGACAAUAACAGGUAAGUUCUUCUGAUGAAGGAGGAAGCAGAAGCAACAUUCCUCUGUGAGAGCAAAGCACCCAGUAAACAUAGGGUGGCCUGGGAAGGAUCUGGGAGGAGCGAGAGAGACUAGGAGGAGCUUGGGGGCUCACAGGGAAGGAGUUGCAGGAAGCAUAAUAUGAUGGCAAGUAACUCCAUCACUGCAAGAUCCUCUCUUCCUUAAAUUGCACUGACCUCAGGGAUGGUUUAUCCACUGUAAAAAUGUCAUCCUCCAUUUACUGCUCUCUCUGAAGCCCUCCUGGGCUUAAUAAAUAGACAGCUUACUCUCCUGGCUGUGAAGGCCCCAAACCUCACUUACCUUUGAUACAUUGCAUUUACCCACGUGCCAUAUGCAAUUAUUUUCUUGCUGGCUUUACUGGGCUGAUUGUAUGUGGCCUGUGACACGUUGGUUUCAUCUCCAAUGAAUCAAGGUCCAGGCCAUUGUUCAUUCUUAGCGAAGUCAUUGCUGUGGUGUUUGAUUCCAGCUCUUGGUUCUGGCCAUGUUUUUCUACAGACUCUUGUCAACACUUCCUAAACUUCCUAGAGGGUCCUCACCUCGCUCAGGGUGAAAAUGUCCUAUGUCCUGUGGGCUUCAGAGGGAGGAAUGGCUACUUGACCAUCUUAAGAUCUUUACAGAGUUCUUUUUACAAAAAGAGUGAGAGCAGACAGACACUUCUAGAGCUGGCGCCUACGCACUGUGCCUUCUAAGAGUCCUUAUGUCCCAGGGGCUGGAUAUCAACAGUGGGGAAGCCCAGGUCCUACCUCUCCAUCUUUUGAUUUUCGGCAGGGGUAUGAGGAGAUGCCCCAUUGCCAGACAACUGCUGUGCAUAUAGGAUAUCCACGUGCUGGGGAAGCCAGGUGUAUUAAUCUGUUUGAAAAUUAUUAACCGUACUUGGCACCUUGUAGGGCUUUAAUCUUGUCAGCUAUCUGCCAAGCCGCUAGGCAUCCUUUUAGGGUUCCGAGCUUUAGUUGGGUGCUUCGUACCUUUGCUGCUCACGGUGUGGUUUUCUGAUCAGCAGCAUCAGCAGGACCUUGUAGUUGGUUAGCAUUGCGCUGUUUCAGGCCAUGUCCCAGCACAGCUGAACAAUUUACAGUUUAACAAGAUCCCUGGGUGAGUCCUGUGCACAGUAAGCUUGUGGAGCAUCGCUGUAACGUAAAAUGAUGAGUAUGGAAUAGCUCUUAGUUUUGUGGAGCUUAGAGAUCUCCAAAAUCACUUUAGUGUUUGCAGACGUAAUUACAAUUCAGUACAAAGUGGUAAAUGGCAUGGGAACUUGUCCCCUGGUCCUAAGAUACAACAGCUUGUUUUAAGCUCAGAUUUAAAACAGUAACAAGUUCAUUCUCUGACUGUAAGGUCAACAGCUUUUAAAGUUACAAUAAAUGUUUUUCUGUUUCUCUUACCUUCAAAAGUUAUAAGAUACAUUGCUUCUCGUGUAUCAGAUUGGGGGAACUAAAUUUGUUCAUGUAUACAAGGCACAAAUGAGCCAUAAAUGCAUGUUGAAUCCACUGCCUGCAUGAAAACAACAAAAGAAUAAAAAUAUCCAAAUAGUUUUAGGUCCAGGAGAAGUCACACUUCAGAGAAGUCCGGACUAAGACGAAAUGGAAAUGAAAAUGUUAGGUACCUUGAUGUCUUUUGCUCAGAACUUUUGGGAAGGAAAAUGCUUGUUCCAAAUGCCUAAGUAAUGGUUUAAAGAAAAACAUGCUGUAUAAAUUUUCCCUGAACAGAACAUUGACUUUAAUGGCUGUUCUUUUCAUAGUAUUAACUUCAUCUUCUCAAGUUUACCAUUGCAGAUUUUAAGAAUUACUUCUCAGGCAGUUAAGUUCCACCAUGCCCAGUUUGCACUGAUGCUUACUAGACUUAUUAUAUGUUAUGUUAUAUUUGUAUAUUGUAUAGUGUGUGUUUACUUGUCUUUCUCAUAUUGAGUAACUGAAGGACUUAAAUAUUAUAAAUACUCAUUUUCAUAGAAAUGAACCACUUAUGGUAAGUAGUUAUGACUUUAAGUUGAAUCUGUUAACCUAAAUGUUAUUUCUUAGUUUACAUCAGUAGCUGAGUAGUUCUCACAAGAUAUAAUCAACAAGACAGCUAAUAUGUUACUGAAAAACCAUCUCUUUCAGUAAACAUUACUUCAAGCCAUAUACAAUUACUAAUAUUUGGCCUUCCAACCUACCAAAUGUGGUGAUUUUAUUUGAGUCAACCUAACGCUCAGUACAAAUUUGAAUUAUUACACCAAUUAGAAUAAUUACACAAUCAAACCUGGAAUGCUGGCACUUUUUCUUGGAGUGCUAAUUUUUACACCCGAGAAACAAGGGGAGCUGAAAGAAAAAUGCUUGUUCCUGAGGAACUUGUUUUUAUACCAUUGUGUAAAUACGUAAAAACUAAUUAAAAUUACCAAUAACCCGAAAUGUUGUGGUAAAUUCAAAGAAGCUACAAUGUUAAGUUGCAUAAACAAUAAAAGCAAAUAUGUCGGAGUCUCUCUGAAAUAAUUUUGUUUCUUAACUAACACUAAACUUAGCAAGUUUCCUGAAUUUCUUUUCCUUAUUUUAAUCUUGUGUUGAUAGUUAUUCCCCCCUUUCUCUGUUGCACAGUAGAUAAAAUAAUAACAACAUGAGUUUACUACUUCGGGAUUAGCAUGUUCUGAGGAACCUUUCAGCAACUGGUAGACAGCAAAGGGGAAAACUCUAAAAGUAUUGUAAAAAUGCUCAAGUUAUAAUUGUGGCCAGGAGACGAGUGGAGAUGAGGUAUUGUUUAGAAACCUGCGCUUUAGCUAUUUUUUUAAUUCGUUAAAAUAAAAUGAAAUCAUAAAAAUAUAGUCAUGCCCAUUUUUUCUUUGAAGUUAGGUUCCUGUUGAAACUGGAGAGACCGCCACAAUGUAACUUAAGCUUGCUAAUAGGAGAAGUGGCUGCCUGCCAGGGCCUUCCCAGGGUGCCUUGGCCUUCCCUUUAAUGUGUUAUUAAAAAGUGCCUGUGAGGUGUUGAGACUGGACUCACAGGUCCUAGGCCUGGAGCUUUGCAAUGAAAAUGCAGCCCUUGGUUAGCAUAUUGAGAUUGGGAGUCAUGCAGAGCCAGGCUUCCAUUAUCUAAACCUGCAAGCUGUUAAUAAGCAUGCCAUCGCUCAAAUGUAUUGGUAGAUGGGAAGUUUUCCAUUCUAAAUAAGUACUUGAGAUGCUCAUGGAAACUGACCCAGUGGUUAUGCACCGGAAGCUUAUUUCCAAGGAAUCAGAUCAGAGUUAGGCCCCUUGUGUAAUAUGGGAUUAGGAGUAGUUCCGGGAUCAUGUAUCUAGUGACACCGAUCCGAUGGUCUUGUUUCUGUAGAGCGGUACCCGUGCUGGAGGAGGGGUCAUAAUCCCCAGACUGUGGGCCCGGAUAUGCUUCACAUUCAUAGUGCUUCCAUAUAGAUCCUGUCCUUUGAAAACUUCUCUUUUAUCCAUUUGUAUGCCAUUGUCUGUUUAGUUUGCAUAUUAAUAAACCAUCUCCUUAAGUUCUUAACUUUUAUUGUCAUAAAUGAGUUUAUCUCUCAUCCGUCGUCAGGGAAACUUCUGUUUUGCAAUAGAUGGUGAUUAAUACAGAGACCUACAACUGCUCAGUGUGCAGAGAACAAGAGACUGUGUUGUGUGCAGAUCUAAAUGGAAACUGUGUAGCACACCCUCUCCUUCCAAGACUUAAGGGUCAUUACAAAAGAGGGGUAGAAAAAAAUUGCAAGACCCAGAGUCGGUGGACACCUGCGGAGAAACAACUUGCUGGACAUGACAGUGGCAUUGCAUACAUGUAGGUGUGGCUACAUCACAUGACCCGUUCAAAAUCGACUCAGCUAAAAUCCCAGCACGGAUGGGGGUUUCUCAUUGAGGCUUCUCCUAACUGAGGAACCAUUGCCAAUUGAUGGCUGCUGGUGGAGUUAGAGUCAGUUUCUUCAAGGAUAAGAUCUCCGAGAGGCUACCCAUUCUCUAAUUGAUGAUAUUAUAUCUAUGUAUGUACACACACAACACCACACACACACACACACACACACACACACACACUCACUCACUCACAGAGACACGCUCACAGAGACACUCACAGAGACUCACAUAUCAACACACACUGACACACACACACACACUCACAGAGACAUGCUCACAGAGACACUCAUAUCACAUAUCAACACACACUGACACACACACAUACACACACAUCACUAAGUACAGUCAAUACAUUUAGAAACAAAGCAAAUGAAGUUAGGAGGAAAAAAAUCUGGGGAUGAGGCAGUGGAGAGGAGGGCUUGGGAGAUGACAGAUGAUGAAAUUACACACACACACACACACACACACAUGUAUGAAACUCUCAAACAGUAAAAAUAUAAUUUAAAAACGAAGAAGAGUAAACACCUUUAGAAACAGAAAACUUCUCCUUAUGGCCCCGCUAUUACUUGGAGUUUCUAAGCUGCCUUUCUGUGUCCAUGCCUAGCCUUAUGGAGUUAAGAGCCAUAGUAAGUUCAACUAGCUAGAACACGUUUGCAUUGGAGGUAGUAUGUGCCUUCCUUACAAGAUACUUUUUGGAUAUAUUAUUGUCUAAGAUUCUUGUAUGAAGAUAAUGUGAAGGCAUGAUACUACACCAAACAUGUAUGUCUUCAUGUUUGGGGAAGAUAAGAAUUUUUCAAUUUUAUUUUUUUUAAAUAGAUAUUCUUUUUUAAUCAAUCUAAAAUAAAGAUUUAGGUUUUGAAGAUUCUUUUCAGAGAUAAAACUUCUAAAGAAACAUGGCCUGGAAUGUCCCUAAUUGUUUGGUACAUUGAUGCCUUGCAUGUUGACAGUGAGCAUGUGUGGACUGAGUCUGGUGGCUGGCUCUAGUCUAAUCUCAGGUAAGUCUAUUCUUUUACUCAAAUUGGUAUUUCAUUAUUAAGGUUAACGGGAACGUAGCAUAUUUUGCCCAUCAAAAGAACAUAUAGUUUUAAUAUUAUGCCACACUCUCUCAGGAUAUUAGUCUGCAAUGUGGGCUAAUGGGUUGAAAGCCUAUGAAUUUCAGAAAAACAAAAGAGAAUUAAUCUCCUAGGACCCUUUCAUAACCACCAACUUCUGGUUUUUAUUUUACAUUUAUAUACCUCAAGCGAAAAAGAAAGAACUGUUUCCCUCUGCUCCCUCCCUCUUUCUAAAAAUAAUUCACUUUGGGUUUGUAACCCUAUAACACAUGCCAAAAUUCAACCCGGAGUGAAUUUUUGUAGCGAACUUAAAACCCCAAAAUAGAAACUGCUGACAGUUUCUUAAAUACAGAAACACUGGCAGGUGCCUUGGUAAUAAAUUCACAAGCUUAGAAUCCACAAAACAAUAAAGUUAUGCAAAGUGGAGGAUGCAGAGAGAAUACCCAGAGACAGAGCAAAGCCGCAGCUCCAGCCCCUGGGCUCCUGAUUUGGUAAGGGGCGGGGCAAAUAACCCUGAGAGAAUGGGGGAGAUUUAAGAUCAAGGAAGCUUUCCCAGACAUAACACUGGGCCACAGCUCGAGUGGACAAAUUAAGAACAGACUUCUUUGUUGCCCUGACCAUAUGCAGACAGGACCAACUCACAGGCCUUGCUCAAGGCUCCCAGGGCUAAGUGGAAAAUUACCAGAGUUCCUCCUUGAUGAAGUUCUCAGAGCGGCUGUUUUAAUUGUUCCUUCAGCAACAUCCCAUCCGUCAUAUUCAGAUUAGCUGUUUAAUUUUAGUCCAACCAUCAAGAAUGUCAUCCACUUCUGAAUCCCAUUUAUUCUAACCGCCCAUACUUAAUUGUCUUUUACUUUUGUUAUUAACCUCUGAUUCUAGCAGCAUAACAGAAAGCUGAUCUUUCUUAAUAAAAAGGAGGAGGUGACGUGCGGUUGGCUUGCUUCAAGUAAAUACAUUUUCAAUUAAAAUUUAAAAUGUCGCUAAUAACCUCAGACCAGAAUAAGUGGAGCCCGAAAGUACACAGCACUUCACUCCAGUAGGCGGUGAGGUGCGACUUCUGAUCCCUGAAGCACUGCUUGCAGAAUGUAAGCAAAAUGCUUCACGUUUUUAUUCUUGAUUUUUAUCCAUUUAAACUCCCAAAGAAGCACAGAAGGGACGCUCUGCUUGAAGAACAAGCUCGCCAGGGUCAGUGACCACAAAUGGUUCUUUAAACUGUGUAUCUCAUUGUCUAGCAUUGCUAUAUGAUGUGAAUAAGUUUUCCAAAGGACUGCACACCAUUUAAAAGCCCAUGAUUAUAAACUCAGAAACAGAAGGGAAGAGGUGCACACUCUUCUCGGGGCCUGAAGUGAAGGGAGCAUCCACCCUGAUGCUAAGUCUGAAGCAGGGUAGCAGCACAGACCACCACCGCAGGGCCUGCAGGCUCCCUGUACCUUCCGGGCAUACGCAGUCACCUGUGCAUUUAAUGGUUUAAAGCCAAUGCUGUCUGUUUCUCUGUAAUAAUGACUGAAACUGUUUCUGGAAAGGAAGAAGAUAUAUACAGCUGCUUAAUGAUCAUCUUGAUUAUGUCCUAGCUAAAGUAUUUCAAAAGAAAUGAGAGCUUGAACUUUCUGAGGGCAAGAAGAUUGGCCAGCGGAUGUUGUUAGGUUGGGGCCUGUGGCACAUUUUCUGGGUGAUUUCUGUCUCCCACCUAACAGACAGACCGCUGCUGUUCUAAACCAGGUCUCAUAGCUUUGCUUAAAUUGCAACAAUUCCAUUGUUCUCCCAUUCUCUGUACUCUUUCUCUUCUUCCGCAUCCUCCUCUGUUUUCUUCUUUUCUUCCCUCUCCUCAUCCCUUUCCCUAACCCUCUCCCUCCGAUUGCUCUAAAAACAACCAAAAGCCCCUCUCUAGUUGCUUGACCACUGGUUCCCCUCUGUAAUAUAGUUUUCUUCACAAACUAAUGGAUAGUCAAGUAUUUAGUGAUCGUGCCCAUGGAAGAACAGAGAACCAGGAUUGGGCUGCUAGAGCCAGGAUUCAAAGACUUUUCUCUGUCCUGGCUACUACACUGUGGGUUUCUUAAACAUGUUUCACUUACAAAUGUUUGGUUCCAAGAAAUUUUUAUGUGACCUUUCCCACAGAGUGUAGUUAUAGAAAAUAACUGCACAAAUCAAACAUUUGCUGGUAAGGAUUCAUAAGAAGGUUUAUUUUAAAAACAAUCCUUCGGUUUUCACCAUUUGUUACUGAUGAAUGUAAAUUGCCCAUUUAUACAACGCCUCAUACAACAAGAUCUAGAACAGCGUUUUUUUUGUCCAAACUGGUUAAGAUUUUGCUUUUAUAUUUAUCAAUGCUGAGAAAGAUAGUUUGCAUAAAUAUAUAGUCAAAAUGACAGAAGUCUGUUUCGGCAACUGUUCAAAAUUCUGUCCUAAUACCAGGAUGAAUUUGAUAGAGGCUUUUAAAAUGAAACACGAAUGCAUAAGACAAAUAAUGGAUUUUUUAAAAAUCAAAGCGUUGUAACCUAGUACAACUCAGAGCUGUGCUAAUUUGAUAGAUGCUGAGAAAGGAGGUGUUUGCUCUGUUGUCCAGGAAGGGAAGCGAUGCAACUUCUAACCAACGGGGGUUGGCCUCUCAGCCAGGGUGUUUCAAAUUGAGUCUGUCAGUGUUUCAUGCAUCAUUGGCCAAAUACACCUGUCACUGGUUGUGUCAGAAGCAGGCCGUGGUGAAGCUCCAGCAGAGAGAGCUGUUGGCUAGUCUCACAUUCGUUGUGCACAUUCGAUUUGGGGUUGUUUUUCAUGGUUUCCAUUUAUUUUUUUACUACUCCCAUAUUCAAGUAAGCCACUCUAUGUAGGGACCCUCCAGACUGUUUAUGAAGCUGGGCCUAAGACAUUUAAUGGUUGGUCAGACUCUGGGCCUUUGAGGAUUCUAUGAUUACAUCGGUGAAACACCUUUAAGAAUUAAAAAUAGUGGUUCUUUAGAUGAUUGAAUCCCAUAGCUCACACAAACCCAUCUUUUUGUGUUGAUACUAGAGGCCUCCCUUUUCACGUUCAGAAGAAGGUCAGUUACUAGUUAGUAGUUGCAGAGAAAUCAAUGUGAAUCUUGUGACACUGAGAAUGUAGAGACCUGGUUUAAUUUCACAGUUGGAGAACUUUCUCUCUCUCUCUCUCUCUCUCUCUCUCUCUCUCUCUCUCUCUCUCUCUCCACACACACACACACACACACACACACACACACGUACACUGUAAGGAGGAAAACUUCCUUAAGUAUGUCAGAAGUUUACUGCUGUGCAAGAAGCUCGAGUUUGUGUUAAUGUGUUGUUUGGCUGCCUGUUUGGGCAGGCAUUAACUUAAUUAAUUAAUUAAUUAAUUAAUGUCUCAAAUUUCAUGUAUACUAUAUUAUCUGAUCACAGUGCAAUAAAACAAGAAAUUAACAACAACAACAACAACAACAACAACAACAAAUGUAACAAAAUACCAAAUGAUUACUUGGAAGAAAUAAGACAUUGAAAGCUAUUGGUUCAGAGAAAAAUUAAAACUGUUCACAAUGCUCUUCAGAAAAAAAAAAACCCUUUCCUGAGAUCCAACCAAAAUUGUAGUCAUUACACAUAUAUAAUAUUAAUCUUUUCACUAUGAGUCUACACACUUUAACAAAAUAAAAAUUUGAACAUAGUAUACCACUAAAGGCAAUGAUAUGCAAUGAAAUAAAAUUUGAUGAUGAAUCAGUUAAAAGUGGAAAUAGUGGGUGUUCAGAUGGUUUAAUAGAUAAAGGCAUUUACCACCAAGCCUGAAGACCUAUGUUCGAUUCCUGGGAUUCCCCGCAGUAGAGAGAGAGAACAGACUCCUGCAUUUUUUUUCCUGACCCCCCAACAUGUGUGCUAUAGCACACCUCCCCCAAAUAAAUAAAAAAGCCAUGAAAAUGUUAAAAAUUUCAAAGAGGCAUUCAAUUAUGUAGUAGUUCUUUCCUUAAAAUAAUUAUUAAAAACUGGACUUAUAGGACCAAUAAGCAGAAUAGAGUAAAAUUAUUCUUUAAAAAAUUAUAAAGAAAAGUAGUGAAAACAUAAUCUGACACACUGUAUUUGAUGGCAGGAAAAGCUCUCUGCUGGCUGCCUACUUACUUCAGGGUAGAUUCUGCAGCAUUUUAAAUGAAAACAAUUGACAAACGGUUAUUUUAGAAUUACUUCUCAGGCCGGACAUGGUGGUUCAUGCCUGUUAUCUCAGCAUGUGGGAGCGUGAGGCAGGAGGACAGCUGUUAGUUCAAGGCAGUUUUAUGUAGUGAAUUUCAGAGACUGAGCUACAAAGUAAGACUUGUGACUCAGCAUGUGAUGGCCUCCUCACUGAUCUGACAACCUGAAGUAAAAACCUGCCAAAGUCUGUCACAUCAUGGAAUUAUUUCUACCGAUCUGCCCCUGUUCAAAAUAUCUAGACAAAAAAUGAUAAGUAUGGAGUUGCAAGUUAAAUUUAGUAAUACCUUAAGAAUAAUUCAUCUGUACUCUGAGGAUUAAGUUAGUUCAUUAAUACCCAGCCACAUUAAUAGAUCAAAGGGGGAAGUUUACAUAAGAGAUGGAUAAAAUAUACCAAAAAAACCUCAUCUACCCCAUGGGGAAAUAGUACUAUAAUAGAAAUAAUAUAACCCCUUAGUAUAUAAUACCAUAUAUCUUAGCCUUUGAUCAGAGGUCGUUAGGAAAUACCCAAGGCAUUCAUUUUCUAAUGAUUUAUUUAUUUUUAUUUUAUGUGCAUUGGUGUUCUGCCUGCAUGUAUACAUGACAGGGCGUUGAAUAUUCUAGUACUCUGGAAGAAGAGUUAUAGACAGUUGUGAGCUGCUGUGUUGGGACUGGGAAUUGAACCAGAGUCAUCUGGAAGAGCAGCCAAUGCUCUUAACCACCGAGCCAUCUCUCCAACUCCGCCCAAGGUGUUUUGCUGCCAUAAAGGAACACCACAUAGUUAAUGAGUUUAUGGUUAUCGCCAUUAGUGGCUUCUUCAAAGUAUCAAAUAAUUUUCCAGGUGUUGAUUCUCCAUUAUGUCCAGAAAGCCCUUUCAAGUUACAGUAAAGAUUAGAAGCCUAAACCUCUGGGAUCAGGACCACAGGGAGAGGAGCUGAGUGCAGACACCUGUCAGUGAACUCCGAAGACCUGAUGGUUUAGUGUACAAGGCAAAGCUGUAAGGAAUGUGACUGAACGGUCCGCAGCUCACAUACCUCACUUUCCUACACGCUGUGACAGCCCUUCCCAUGUAGCAGUUGGACUUGCCAAUUAUCCAGAGAAAUUAAAGCCGCAGAACUUUGAGAUUUGGGGGAUGCCAGGGACGUGGGAACCUGAGGCUGAAGAAUGAUGUGUUUAUAAAUAAUUGCUGGGUAACUAAGAGUCUGCAUCUAGGGAGGAGCAUCGUCGUCUGUCUGUUUCCUACCUGCCAACUCUCCAUCAGGAUAACUAACGCCCAGCCAAUUCUGAGGCAAGAAUUAAAAUCUUGAAAAGAGGAAGAAGAAACAGAAAACAAAGCACAACACAAAACAAAACAGGAUCUCAGAAGAAAUCCAUUUAAUGCCAGGGACAGAAGACAGUCUAAAACCGCUCAGGAAAAGCUGCAGCCGGGUGGAAAAUAUGUCAGUUAAACAAGAAGAGCGCAGUGGCUUCUGUUCCUCUCUAGGUUGUUUUUCUCGGGCUUCAGCCUGUUGCAGGAAUCUUGUCUCAUCCUUUGUCUGGCUCUCCUGCCGACUCCAUUCUUAGCUUCCAGUCUCUGUCACAACAAUGCUGGGCUCUAGCCUGUGGCUUCUUCAGCACUCAGGACUGUAACACAGGGAGAAGCCAUGUCUUGGCUUCUCCUGGGUUUCCCAGUUCUGUGUUCCACAGCUAAGCCAGAUUCACCACGGUCCUGACUGUGGGAGCAUCAGAUGUCCUAGCAACACCACAUACAGCAGUGUCCUUUAUUUCUUGGUCAUAACUUUGAAAACUGGACUGGAGGCUGUAAUAAACGUGGUGAGAAUGAGGCAACUUUUACAAAUAUAAUUAUUAAUCAUGCCUUUCAUUUACAUCUCAAAUGAUAUCCCCCUUUCUGGUUACUCCUCCACACACACACCCCCAACCGUCUGCCCUCUCCCCUUUCCCCUUUGCCUCUAUGAGGGUGCUUCCCCACCCAUCCAUCCAAUUCCACCCCACUGCUCCAGCAUUCCCCUACACUGGGGCAUCAAACCUCCACAGUGCUAAGGGCCUCCCCUCCCAUUGAUGUCAGGCAAGGCCAUCCUCUGCUACCUAUGGAUCUGGAGCCAUGGAUCCCUCCAUGUUCACUCCUUGGUUGGUGGCAUUUUCAUUUGAAAAGUAUAAGGUGGUCAGCGGGUAAUCCAUAUGCAUGCCAUAGCAUACACCCUCCCAAAGAACACAAACACGAGUAAUAUAAAACAAAAUGUAGGAGGAGGACUAAAGAAUGCUAGUGUUGCAAGCAGACACAGCUUCCGUGAUGGGUAAAUGGCAGGUGGCUGUCUUUCUAAGAAUGCUUGGAGUAUGUUCUGCAUAGAAAAGAAGCAGCAGGCAGGACCACAGAGUCUACUGUACAGUGACUGAUCCAAGUCACACUCAUCCCGUCAGCAAAGUGAUGUACAGAAGAGUUCAUGCCUGACCAUUUGGGUGUUUUAUACUUUGGAGAUGUUCUGUAGAAGAGAAGAAAGCCUCAGAAAGGUGAGAAAAUAGUACUGUCCAAAGAGCAUUUCAGCUCACAAACAUUGAUAGUCCACAGUUUCUUUUUUUAACUUUCCUUUUUGUUCAUGAUGUUGCCCCAAUAAUAUAGGUCCUACAAUUAUGAGGACACCUACUUAAAAAUCAUUUCCCUAAGAAAGUGAAGAACUUGUGGCCAGAAUGCAGCCACACUUUCACCCAGCUGCUUACUAGAUAAAGGUCCCAAGGCAAGCACUGAGAAGCCUAGUGCUUCUGAAGUGUCUCCACUGGGAAGGUGAAAGACCUUGGCUGAGGAGAUGACUCAGUGGAUAAAACACUAACAAUGCAAGACGGACAACCUGAGUCCAGAUCCCUGAAACCCAUGCACAAAACCUGAACACAGGAGCGUGUGCCUGUGAUCUCAGUGCUGAUGGUGAGAGGGAGGUGGAAGGAGGAGACUCUCUUAGAAGCCCAAUGGCCUCGUAUAAAGUGUGGUGAUGAUACAAGAGAGACCCUGCCUCAGACAAGCUGGAAGAUGAGGGCCCAUGCUGUGUGCUGAACUCUAGCCAGGACACAUGCACAUGCCAAGCAUGUACCCUCACACAUGCAUCUCUCUCUCUCUCUCUCUCUCUCUCUCUCUCUCAUGCAUAUCCACCUCUCUCUCUCUUUCUCUCUCAUGCAUAUCCACCUCUCUCUUUCGAUCUCUCUCUCAUGCAUAUCCACCUCUUUCCAUCUCUCUCUCUCUCUCUCUCUUUCUCUCUCUCUCUCAUGCAUAUCCACCUCAUGCAUAUCCACCUCUCUCUUUUGCUCUCUCUCUCUCAUGCAUAUCCACCUCAUGCAUAUCCACCUCUCUCUCAUGCAUAUCCACCUCUCUCUCUCUCUCUCUCUCUCUCUCUCACACACACACACACACACUCACACACACAUACACACACUCAUAAUAAAUAACGAUAAUAAGCAUUUUAAAAAGGUUGAAAAGAAAACAGAGAACAAUAGCAACGUAGCAUGUGUUGCACUGGGUCUAGGCACUGUUUCUGUCACCAUUCACCUUUGAUAUGGCCCCAUCUUUCCUUCUCCGUGAGAUACUGUGUAGCUCAGAUUAUGGAUUUUCGUAUUUUAAAAAGUAUAUGUGCAUGGGUGACUUCCCCAUGAGUAUGAAGGUGACCAUGAACAUGCCCUGCGCUCACACAAGGCUCCAAGAGGGCUUAUGUUGCUCUAGAACUCCUGAAGCUGAGGGAACCAAACCUGGGUCCCCGCCUCACCUCAAGAGUCUCUAGCCCCUCCCUUCUCCUAAUUGCCAUCGGUUUUUACAUUCAUGCUUCCUCAUUUAAACACUCACUCCAGUGAACGUCACGGGUACAAAUACAAAUAAACAAAGCCCUAUGCAGUGACCCGGGGCUGGACCCCGCUGUAUGGAAGGUCAUAUCGUGAGUAACAAACUUUAUUUUUUUCCAUUAUGUUUUGAAGAGUAAAACCGGCAGAAAUCGGAUGGCAAAUCUAGCCCUCCACAUAAGGUUUAACCAUCAUCUCUGUACUGAUCGCACAUGGAAUAUUUCUAAGACAUUCUUCUUUGACAUAGGAUACUGUGAUAUAUGGAGUGGCCGGACGGGAGCAGCUCUUGGCUCAGCAAAGAAUGCACAGUAUGAUCAGCUCAGUGGACGUGAAAUCAGAGGUUCCUAUGGGACUGGAGCCCAUCUCACCUUUAGACCUAAGGACAGACCUCAGGAUGAUGAUGCCUGUGGUGGAUCCUGUCGUCCGCGAGAAGCAACUGCAGCAAGAGUUACUUCUUAUCCAACAGCAGCAGCAAAUCCAGAAGCAGCUCCUGAUAGCCGAGUUUCAGAAGCAGCACGAGAAUUUGACAAGGCAGCAUCAAGCACAACUUCAGGAGCACAUCAAGGGGCGGUGGCAAGCACAGAGGUUAAGCAGAAGCUUCAAGAAUUCCUAUUGAGUAAAUCAGCAACGAAAGACACUCCAACCAAUGGAAAGAAUCAUUCCGUGGGCCGCCAUCCCAAGCUCUGGUACACGGCUGCCCACCACACAUCACUGGAUCAAAGCUCUCCACCCCUCAGUGGAACGUCUCCAUCCUACAAAUACACAUUACCAGGAGCCCAAGAUACCAAGGAUGAUUUCCCCUUGCGAAAAACAGCCUCAGAGCCCAACUUGAAGGUGCGGUCCAGGUUAAAACAGAAAGUGGCAGAGAGGAGAAGCAGCCCCUUACUCAGGCGGAAGGAUGGAAAUCUUGUCACUUCAUUCAAGAAGCGAGUGUUUGAGGUGGCAGAAUCCUCGGUCAGUAGCAGCUCUCCAGGGUCAGGUCCCAGUUCACCAAACAAUGGGCCUGCUGGAAAUGUUACCGAAAACGAGGCUUCAGUUCUGCCUCCCACGCCUCACCCCGAGCAGCUGGUUCCACAGCAGCGCAUUCUGAUUCACGAAGAUUCCAUGAACCUGCUGAGUCUCUACACCUCCCCGUCCCUGCCCAAUAUCACCCUGGGACUUCCAGCAGUGCCAUCCCCACUCAGUGCUUCUAAUUCCCUCAAAGACAAGCAGAAGUGUGAGACACAGAUGCUCAGACAAGGUGUCCCUCUGCCCGGCCAGUAUGGAAGUGGCAUUGCAGCAUCCUCCAGCCAUGCUCAUGUAGCAAUGGAGGGCAAACCGAACAGCAGUCACCAAGCUCUCCUGCAGCACCUCCUGCUGAAGGAACAAAUGAGACAGCAAAAGCUUCUUGUGGCUGGUGGAGUUCCAUUACACCCCCAGUCUCCUUUGGCAACAAAAGAAAGAAUUUCACCAGGCAUUAGAGGUACCCACAAAUUGCCCCGCCACAGACCCCUCAAUCGAACUCAGUCUGCACCUUUGCCUCAGAGCACGCUGGCUCAGCUGGUCAUUCAGCAGCAGCACCAGCAGUUCCUGGAGAAGCAGAAGCAAUACCAGCAGCAGAUCCACAUGAACAAACUGCUAUCGAAAUCUAUUGAGCAACUGAAGCAACCAGGCAGCCAUCUUGAAGAGGCAGAGGAGGAGCUUCAGGGGGACCAAGCCAUGGAAGAGAGAGCAACGUCUAAGGACAGCGGUACCGGGAAGGACAGCAGUGCUUGUGUGGAGGACACACUGGGACAAGUUGGGGCUGUGAAGGUCAAGGAGGAACCCGUGGACAGCGACGAAGAUGCUCAGAUGCAGGAAAUGGAAUGUGGGGAGCAGGCUGCUUUUAUGCAACAGACGCCCUUGCUGGAGUCCUCACACACGCGUGCACUCUCAGUGCACCAGGCUCGGCUGGCUGCAGCUGGCAUCGAUGGAUUAGAGAAACAUGGACUCCUCUCCAGGACCCAUUCUUCUCCUGCACCCUCCAUGUCACCUCACCCAGCCGCAGACUGUCCCCGCCAGCCUGCCUCUGCCACUGGAAUUGCCUAUGACUGUCUGAUGCUGAAACACCAGUGCAUCUGUGGCAAUUCCACCACCCACCCUGAGCAUGCUGGGCGAAUACAGAGCAUCUGGUCACGGCUGCAAGAAACCGGGCUGCUAAAUAAAUGUGAGCGAAUUCAAGGUCGAAAAGCCAGCCUGGAGGAAAUUCAGCUUGUUCAUUCUGAACAUCACUCACUACUGUAUGGCACCAGCCCCCUGGACGGACAGAAGCUGGACCCCAGGACACUCCUAGGUGAUGAUUCUCGAAAAUUCUUUUCCUCGUUACCUUGUGGUGGACUCGGGGUGGACAGUGACACCAUUUGGAAUGAGCUGCACUCGUCCGGUGCUGCACGCAUGGCUGUUGGCUGUGUCAUUGAGCUGGCUUCCAAAGUGGCCUCAGGAGAGCUGAAGAAUGGGUUUGCUGUUGUGAGGCCCCCAGGCCAUCAUGCUGAAGAAUCUGCAGCCAUGGGGUUCUGCUUUUUUAAUUCAGUCGCAAUUACGGCCAAAUACUUGAGAGACCAACUAAAUAUAAGCAAGAUAUUGAUCGUAGAUCUGGAUGUUCACCAUGGAAACGGUACACAGCAGGCCUUUUAUGCUGACCCCAGCAUCCUGUACAUUUCACUCCAUCGCUAUGAUGAAGGGAACUUUUUCCCUGGCAGUGGCGCCCCGAAUGAGGUUGGAGUAGGUCUGGGAGAAGGCUACAAUGUAAACAUUGCCUGGACAGGCGGCCUUGACCCCCCUAUGGGAGAUGUUGAGUACCUUGAAGCAUUCAGGACUGUCGUGAUGCCUGUGGCCAGAGAGUUUGAUCCAGACAUGGUCCUGGUUUCUGCUGGAUUUGAUGCAUUGGAAGGCCACACCCCUCCCCUAGGGGGUUACAAAGUGACAGCAAAAUGCUUUGGUCAUUUGACGAAGCAGCUGAUGACAUUGGCUAAUGGACGUGUGGCAUUGGCUCUUGAAGGGGGACAUGAUCUGACAGCCAUCUGUGAUGCCUCGGAGGCCUGCAUAAAUGCCCUUCUAGGAAAUGAGCCCGGGUCUCUUGAGGAAGAUGUUCUCCACCAGUCUGUGAAUACGAAUGCAGCCGCUUCUUUACAGAAGACCAUUGAAAUCCAAAGCAAGUAUUGGAAGUCGAUCAAGAUGGUGGCUGUUGCAAGGGGCUGUGCUCUGCCUGCUUCUCAGCUGCAAGAGGAGACAGAGACCGUUUCUGCAUUAGCCUCCCUGACGGUAGAUGUGGAACAGCCAUUUGCUCAGGAAGAUGGCAGAACUGCUGGUGAGCCCAUGGAAGAGGAGCCAGCCUUGUGAAGUGCCAAGUCUCCCCCGAUAUUUCCUGUGUGUGACAUCAUUGUGUAUCCCCCACACACAGCCCCAGCACCCUCAGACAUGUCUGCUGCCUGGGUGGCGCAGUUUGAUGGAACAUAAACACCGGGCACAAAAUUCUGACCAGCAGCCUCACUCGUUCUUUGGAUGGACUUGAAAGGGCAUUACAGAUUCCUGAAAUGUAACCACUGUAUAUCUAAAGUUACAGUAACCAGGAUUGGAAGAAACUGUUUCCAGCAUGCUUUUCUGCUGAUGACCCACUCCCAGACACAAAGUGUGAGCUAGAAACCUUCCAUACAGCAUUCGAUAUCGUUCAUUUCAGAAGCUGUGACAGCCAGUGAAAUUUUGGGCAAAACCUGAGAUGUACCCAUUCCUGACAUUCUGACCAGUGUCUUAUUGUGUAGUUUACUGUCAAGUAGACUUAAAUUGUUUACAGGAUUUCUUUUCAGCUGUGAGUCGCUGGGAAUUACAAACAGAUUGCUGUGGGUUUUAGGGAGUUUUUUCUCUUUGUUAUACUUUUGUUUUGAAGAUUUUGCCUUUGUUCUAAUACAUUUCCAUCCCUCCUGGUAAAAGCUCAGAAUGGACCUGAGAUAGGGCGUCUUUCCUUUUUCCUUUUUUGGGGGGAGGGGAGGAGAAGGAUGGAUGCGUAGUUUCCCUGUGUAGCCUUGGCUGUCCAAGAACUUAUGCUGUAGACUAGGCUGUCCUCAGAACUGAGAGAUCUGCCUGCCUCUGUGCUAGGAUCAAAGGAAUGCACCACCACCACUCAGCAAUGGUGAGGCUUUUUUCCUAGUGGAAAAAAAAAAAUUACAACGUAUCCGACAUUUCAAAAGGAGUGUGCACACUACAGGCAGUGUGGCAGUAUUUUGUGUCAACUUUUAUUGGAAAUUUACAUCUGUCUCAGUAUAUAGGCUUGCAGUUUUGACAGAUAAUGAAGUCCCACCACCCCCAAAAGCACAGAAUUUCUCAAGGAUGAUAGCUCAUUCCAGCUCUAUCUUCUCUCCUCUUUCCAUUUCAGCCCCAUGGCUGCUUCCUUCCUUGUCACCCUUCUGUCUUUUAGAAAGAAAAAAUCACUCCAAUCUCCCCAUUAUUCAGGGGAUUUGAGUAUUUGAUUUAUUUUGUUUACUUUUUGGGAAUAAGAUACUUGUGUUAUCUUAUUCUGUUCUGAAAUUACUUUAGCGGGCAUGGUUUAAGUGAUGCCACUGAGUUCCCCAGUGAAGAUGACAGUGAUCUGAAGUUCUUUUGAAUGGGGCUAAGUAAAGAAUUGUGCCUUCACAGGAAAACUAACGCAGAACUUAACCUUUGCACAGGUAGUAUUUCCAACAACGGUUCAGAAUAAAGGACAUUUAUUUCUGAGAUUAAAAACAGCUUACUGAGUAAAAUACAAGCAAGUUAGCCCCUGCCUCUGAAAACUGUAUUUCAGUGUAUAACUCAAACACCUGAAGACAGUGAAGUAGAAUACCUUGCAUAUUUAAUAUCUGACAAUGCUUUUGAACUUUGAUUUUUUUUCUGUAUUUCCUUAACUCAGAGGAUAUAUUAAAGCCAUAAGUGAA